AUGGAACACAAGCAGCGAGCAGACAUGGGAUCUGUGGCAGCUGUCAUGAAUCUGCUCCUAUGUGCCAUGCAGCUCAUCUCAGGUGCUAACACAGAGCUUAUUUCUGUGCCUUCCGUCGUGAAUGGGAUAAUUGGCAAGCCGCUCUAUGUCGCCGUGGAAAAACAUUUUACUGAAGAAGGAGUGCAGUUCCAGGGCUCCUGGUUUCAGAUGAGCCCUAAACGCAUUCUUAUGGUUAUGUUCGAUAACAAUGGAGUGAUCCAUAACAUGCGCCUGAAGGAAACAGUGACGCGCAUCACUCCGGCCAACAUCUCUCUGAGCUUUACGUGUUUGGAUGAAGCAGAUGAUGGAGACUACCAGCUAGAGUUCAACAUAUUCCACACUGGUCAUAAUGAAUCUGAGACUAUUAUCAGGAAUGUGAGGAUUACAGUGAACGUGCCUCUUUCCAUCCCUGUGGUUGAGAAAAGCUCCAAAGGAACGCUUGUGGAAGACCAGAACAAUGUUACCCUGACCUGCACCGUGGAGAAAGGAACUAAGCCACAAUUUGAGUGGUUUAGAAACAACCGUCCAGUCAACCCAAGCACACGUCAUGUCUUCUUGCAGAACAACAGCACCCUGUACAUUAGCCCGGUGAAGAAGGAGGAUAUUGGCGCGUACAGUUGUGCAGUCAGUAACCCCAUCAGCCAUUACCGAAGUAAAGUCAUGGAGCUCAAUGUGUUCUAUGGCCCCUACAACCUGGAAGUGAGCUGUGAACAGGGUCUGAAAACUGGUGAGGUGUUCACUGUAAAUCAGGGCGAGAUGGUAUCUUUCGACUGCGUGGCCGACUCGAACCCUCCCAACACCUGUGUGUGGAUUUCUGGACAUGACAACAGCACAGAAGUGCUCAAGACCGGCCCUCGCUUUGAGGUGGCGUCUCUCACUCUGGGCCACGCCACAAAGUUCUUGUGCAGGGCUUUUAACAACGUAACCAAUAAACAGGAUGAGACUCAAUUCACACUUGUGGUAGCCAAUCUUGGCAAAGGCAGAGAAAAUCUUGUCCAGGAAGAAACUGCAGUGUCGUCUUUAGCUGCCAUCACCAUCUUCUCGUUACUAAUUAUUGUCUGCAUGUUAAUUGUGCUCUUCAGGAAGUCCUGCCAUCCGAAAAGAGUGUUCAUGAAAAUCUACAGCAGGCCUAUCCCAGAACAGAAAGGUCUACAUCGCUCAGGCCAUGAGGAUGCCACUGAAGAUUUUGGCAUCUAUGAAUUCGUUUCCAUACCUGGGAAAAUGGAGUCCAGGCAGGCAUCCUGCAGAUCUCUGACACGGCUCGAUUCAGCCCGAGAUUUGCAUACCAUCUAUGAUGUCAUCAAACAUGUUCCUGAAACUCCAACACUGAGUCUGCUGAAGUGAUCGUCAGGUUCAAUGGAAACAAGCAGGAUUUAGGGAAGAAGUGUUUCUGCAAAGACUAAAAAAAACCCAAACCCCACUCAAAAAAAAAAAAAAAAAAA